CCUCCCAGUGCGCGCGCGCCGUGCAAGGCCCGCGGACGCCCGCCCCUCCCCCAGGCCCCCGCACCCGCGCCGCCCCCUCCCCUCCUGGUGAGAGUCGGCGGCUGUGGCUGCGGCGGCGGCUGCAGAGAUUGGAAUCCGCCUGCCGGGCUUGGCGAAGGAGAAGGGAGGAGGCAGGAGUGAGGAGGGAGGAGGGCCAAGGGCGGGCAGGAAGGCUUAGACUCGGCGCGUCAGUCCGCGCGCGGCGAAGAUCGCACGGCCCGAUCGAGGGGCGACCAGGUCGGGGCCGCUGCACGCCGAGGGCGGAGGCCGAGCCGGGCCCCGCUUCGCCCCGGCGGCUCGCCGCGCCCACCAAGCUCCGCGCCGAGGGCUAGAGGAUGCGUUUCCCGGGGUCCGGACUUAUGAAAAUAUGCAUCAGUUUAAUACUGUCUUGGAAUUCAUGAGAUGGAAGCAUAGGUCAAAGCUGUUUGGAGAAAAUCGGAAGUACAGUUUUAUCUAGCCACAUCUUGGAGGAUAUUACUUUUUUUGGUCCCUAUUAAACUAUGUGGCAGCAAGUCACAAAGGAGGAAUCAGAAAGUAACCUGCUCCCCACCCUUGGUGUGUAGUCCAGUUAGCAAGAUCUGCAAAGCAGCUGCGAUGUGUGCCGGGUGUACUGGAAGUUGAAGGGGACUCCUCAUGCAGCCUAAUGAGUUGGGAUCGAGGACUGCAUACACAAGGGAACUCGCAGAUCAAGUCCUGAAGAGAACAUUGUAGUUACUCUGGCAAAGAACAACGAGGACACAAAGGCUGCGCAGAGGAAUGGAAGCCUGGAAGGAAUGCCUGUGAAGGGAGAGCGGCUGCACUGACUUUGGAGUCGCAAGAAAGCAGUGGGAGUUGAAGUCAUUGUCAAGUGCUUGCAAUCUUUUACAAGAAGAUCACUGAAUGAUAGUCAUUUAAAUUGGUGAAGUAGCAAGACCAAUUAUUAAAGGUGACAGUACACAGGAAACAUUACAAUUGAACAAUGACUCAGCUAUACAUUUACAUCAGAUUAUUGGGAGCCUAUUUGUUCAUCAUUUCUCGUGUUCAAGGACAGAAUCUGGACAGUAUGCUCCAUGGCACUGGGAUGAAAUCAGACUCCGACCAGAAAAAGUCAGAAAAUGGAGUAACCUUAGCACCAGAGGAUACCUUGCCUUUUUUAAAGUGCUAUUGCUCAGGGCACUGCCCGGAUGAUGCUAUUAAUAACACAUGCAUAACUAAUGGACAUUGCUUUGCCAUCAUAGAAGAAGACGACCAGGGAGAAACCACAUUAGCUUCAGGGUGUAUGAAAUAUGAAGGAUCUGAUUUUCAGUGCAAAGAUUCUCCAAAAGCCCAGCUACGCCGGACAAUAGAAUGUUGUCGGACCAAUUUAUGUAACCAGUAUUUGCAACCCACACUGCCCCCUGUUGUCAUAGGUCCGUUUUUUGAUGGCAGCAUUCGAUGGCUGGUUUUGCUCAUUUCUAUGGCUGUCUGCAUAAUUGCUAUGAUCAUCUUCUCCAGCUGCUUUUGUUACAAAGGUCAUCCGCUGUUGCGUGUUAUUCACAUUAGAGGACAGUUGGAAAGUGAGGGGGGCGUGCCUGUUGUCCUUAGACAUUAUUGCAAGAGCAUCUCAAGCAGACGUCGUUACAAUCGUGAUUUGGAACAGGAUGAAGCAUUUAUUCCAGUUGGAGAAUCACUAAAAGACCUUAUUGACCAGUCACAAAGUUCUGGUAGUGGGUCUGGACUACCUUUAUUGGUUCAGCGAACUAUUGCCAAACAGAUUCAGAUGGUCCGGCAAGUUGGUAAAGGCCGAUAUGGAGAAGUAUGGAUGGGUAAAUGGCGUGGCGAAAAAGUGGCAGUGAAAGUAUUCUUUACCACUGAAGAAGCCAGCUGGUUUCGAGAAACAGAAAUCUACCAAACUGUGCUAAUGCGCCAUGAAAACAUACUUGGUUUCAUAGCGGCAGACAUUAAAGGUACAGGUUCCUGGACUCAGCUCUAUUUGAUUACUGAUUACCAUGAAAAUGGAUCUCUCUAUGACUUCCUGAAAUGUGCUACACUGGACACCAGAGCCCUGCUUAAAUUGGCUUAUUCAGCUGCCUGUGGUCUGUGCCACCUGCACACAGAAAUUUAUGGCACCCAAGGAAAGCCCGCAAUUGCUCAUCGAGACCUAAAGAGCAAAAACAUCCUCAUCAAGAAAAAUGGGAGUUGCUGCAUUGCUGACCUGGGCCUUGCUGUUAAAUUCAACAGCGACACAAAUGAAGUUGAUGUGCCCUUGAAUACCAGGGUGGGCACCAAACGCUACAUGGCUCCAGAAGUGCUGGACGAAAGCCUGAACAAAAACCACUUCCAGCCCUACAUCAUGGCUGACAUCUACAGCUUCGGCCUGAUCAUUUGGGAGAUGGCUCGUCGUUGUAUCACAGGAGGGAUCGUGGAAGAGUACCAAUUGCCAUAUUACAACAUGGUACCGAGUGAUCCGUCAUACGAAGAUAUGCGUGAGGUUGUGUGUGUCAAACGUUUGCGGCCAAUUGUGUCUAAUCGGUGGAACAGUGAUGAAUGUCUACGAGCAGUUUUGAAGCUAAUGUCAGAAUGCUGGGCCCACAAUCCAGCCUCCAGACUCACAGCGUUGAGAAUUAAGAAGACGCUUGCCAAGAUGGUUGAAUCCCAAGAUGUAAAAAUCUGACGGUUAAACCAUCGGAGGAGAAACUCUAGACUGCAAGAACUGUUUUUACCCAUGGCAUGGGUGGAAUUAGAGUGGAAUAAGGAUGUUAACGUGGUUCUCAGACUCUUUCUUCACUACGUGUUCACAGGCUGCUAAUAUUAAACCUUUCAGUACUCUUAUUAGAAUACAAGCUGGGAACUUCUAAACACUUCAUUCUUUAUAUAUGGACAGCUUUAUUUUAAAUGUGGUUUUUGAUGCCUUUUUUUAAAUGGGUUUUUAUGAACUGCAUCAAGACUUCAAUCCUGAUUAGUGUCUCCAGUCAAGCUCUGGGUACUGAAUUGCCUGUUCAUAAAAUGGUGCUUUCUGUGAAAGCCUUAAGAAGAUAAAUGAGUGCAGCAGAGAUGGAGAAAUAGACUUUGCCUUUUACCUGAGACAUUCAGUUCGUUUGUAUUCUACCUUUGUAAAACAGCCUAUAGAUGAUGAUGUGUUUGGGAUACUGCUUAGUUUAUGAUAGUUUGUCCUGCCUCCUUAGUGAUAUGUGUGUGUCUCCAUGCACAUGCACGCCAGGAUUCCUCUGCUGCCAUUUGAAUUAGAAGAAAAUAAUUUAUAUGCAUGCACAAGAAGAUAUUGGUGGCCGGUGGUUUUGUGCUUUAAAAAUACAAUAUCUGACCAAGAUUCGCCAAUCUCAUACAAGCCAUUUACCUUGCAAGUGAGAUAGCUUCCCCACCAGCUUUAUUUUUGAACAUGAAAGCUGAUGCCAAGGCCAAAAGAAGUUUAAAGCAUCUGUAAAUUUGGAUCGUUUUCCUUUAAUCACCAUUUUUUUGUGGUUAUUAUUUUUGUCAUGGAAAGCAUCCUCUCCAAAGUUGGAGCUUCUAAUGCCAUGAACCAUGCUUACAAAGAAAGCACUUCUUAUUGAAGUGAAUCCCUGCAUUUGAUAGCAAUGUAAGUGCCUAUAACCGUGUUCUGUAUUCUUUAUUCUCAGUAACUUUUAAAAGGGAAGUUAUUUAUAUUUUGUGUAUAAUGUGCUUUAUUUGCAAAUCACCCACUCCUUUACAACCAUACUUUAUAUAUGUACAUACAUUGAUACUGUAGAAACCAGCUCAUGUGUACCUCACAUCCCAUCCUUAAGAGAAGAAAUGUUAUAAAGUAGAACUAAAUAUGAAUUUUCAGAAUUAAUGCAUUCAAAGUAAUAUAUCAAAUCCAGGACUUUGUUAACUAAAGCCAAAAACUUCAUUAGGGUAAUAUCAUCUCAAUUUUUUCAAAUGAAAGGAUUCUCUAAUUAGAAAUUUAUAUGUCAGAGCUGAUAUAAAUUUAUCAACUGUUAAAUAUGUUUUGGACAUCUAAAUCAUUUGAGAUUUUUGGUUUUUUGAUUUCUGUUCCCUAACUUGUGAAGACAAUGAAAAAUCAGGCAGAAAUAUUUAGUAUCUAGUCAGUAUCUGUAGCUACACUGUAAAACUGUUCUUCAAUAAAAUGGUUCAUAUUUUA